GUUGAGGCUAAGUUGGGCGCUUGGCGGGUGGGUUGUUGGAGGAAGCGGUGGGGCAAAAUAGGGGGCAGCUGCGGAGUCGAUUUUGGGGGUGAAAAAAAUGCCCCUCGCGGUCUGCUUCCAAGGCUAGUACCAAACGAAUAUCCCCCCUUCCUACAUCACCCGCCUUCAAGUGAAAUCUGUUUGAGCAGCUCCGAAAAGACGCUUUUAUGCAGGAAUAUAGAGAGCCCAUUGAAGAAGGCAAAGAGGCCUUGUGUGAAUCGUUUCUAAAUCUAAAUAGCAGGAGUGGAGAGACAGCGACUCGCGACUGCGCUAUGAAGAGAGUGAGCAGCUUCCAGAGGUUUAUGAAUAGCCGAGCAGCCAGCAACUGCAGAUACCAACCUACAUGUUAUGAACAUGCUGCAAACUGCUACACACAUGCUUUCCUUAUAGUCCCUGCUUUUCUUGGUACAUCUCUGCUUUACCGCCUGUCUGAUGACUGCUGGGAGAAGCUUACAGCCUGGGUAUAUGGGAUGGGCCUAUGUGCCCUAUUCCUGGUUUCUACAGUAUUCCACAUAAUUUCAUGGAAGAAAAGCCAUAUGAGAAUGAUGGAGCACUGUUUUCAUAUGUGUGAUCGAAUGGUUAUUUAUUUCUUCAUUGCAGCCUCAUAUGCACCAUGGCUGAACCUUCGUGAACUUGGUCCAUUGGCUGCACAUAUGAGAUGGUUUGUCUGGAUAAUGGCAGCUGGAGGGACUAUAUAUGUAUUUAAAUUUCAUGAAAAGUAUAAACUAAUUGAACUCUUCUUCUAUCUAACGAUGGGGUUUUUCCCUGCUUUGGUUGUGACAUCAAUGAACAACACAGACGGGCUGCAGGAGCUGGCAUUGGGAGGCUUUGUCUACUGUCUGGGGGUGAUUUUCUUUAAAAGUGAUGGCAUCAUUCCGUUUGCACACGCCAUCUGGCAUAUCUUUGUUGCUAUGGCUGCUGCUGUGCACUACUAUGCUAUUUGGAAAUACCUUUACAAAAGCCCUUCUAAAGACUUGAUCAAAGACGUAUGAGAAAGACGGGAUCUGUGUGAAUCUGGUCUUUCUGUGUCUCCCCCCCCCACCACCUUUACAAGAUGCACUAACACACAACACUAUAUUUCAGAGUGUUUUUACACAUACUGUGAAAAAAAAAAAUGCUUUCACAUUCUUGCACAUUUUGAGUACAACUUUGUUAGGCCAAAAAAAAAAAACAACAACACACUUUUUGCCAAGUUUACAGGUGUAGCGUUUAUCAUUGUAAUGCAGAAUUUGCAGUAUUGUCCUUGAUGAUUAAUAUCUCCCACAAACCAGGAGAAGGAAAAAGUUACCCUACUGUAACUUGUGCUCUGGCGAGGAAGACAUUUUUAUUGUUCACUUUUGAGUCUGGAGCACAUUCUUCAAAAAAAAGGAAAUAAGGCUUUAAUUUCAAGACACAGUACUAAACUAAACAUAGGAUGAAUGAAUGUGCCACCAUCGGUCCAGAAUC